CACUUGAGCAGGUGGCUAUUCAAAGGAUCGAUUAUCACUCGAAUUGAAAAUGAUCGGUUGUCUGAGCAUUCGUGUUACAGCUUUAAAAACUCUUUAAUGUGAACGACUGGUGCAACUUGCAAUCUAAUUUUUCUUAUGGAAAGGUGCUAAUGUUUAUGUUUCACAAUCACAUCUAAUAUUAAUUGUUGAGACAGUUGAGAAUAAUAGCUGAAUUGGAUCUGGUAAUUUCUCCUUGGAAACAUGUUAUACUAGUUAUCAUCUGGGGAUGACUAUGGAGACGAUUAUGAUGAUUAUCAUGCUGAUGAUCCACUCUUAACAACGAUAGCUAACCAAAGUAGUUGGCAUUGGUUUAGUCUGUUUACUUAUUCAAUGGAAUUUAUUUAACUGGUUAUCUUUAAUUUUAUUCAGUUUAUUUCUCUCUUUUAUUUUGAGUUUUCUUCAAUCAAGUUUGCUACAUUGGUAAACAAUUUCAAGAAUCGGUUGGUUGUCAGUUGGUUAACAAAGAUGUCCAUUUCAAAAGAAACGAAAUUGAAACGUUUUCAAUUCAAUAUAUUUACAUCACUAUUCCUUGGUUAUGGAAGUUAUGGCCUGAACCGAAAAAGUGUUUCACUGGCGAUGCCAUCAAUGAUGGGCCAGGGACUGGGAACAAAUGAAGCUGGUUUAAUUGCUAGCAGUCAAAAUUUGGCUUAUGCAAUUAGUAAAUUUGCCGGAGGAAUUUUAUCUGAUCGUAUCAGUGCUCGUCUUCUUUUCUCUUUCGGAUUAAUUGCCAGUGGAUUGAUUACGAUAGCCUUCUCAUUCAGUGAUUCAGUUUCUGUUUUCACCGGUCUUUGGUUUUUGAAUGGAUUGGCCCAAGGAGCUGGUUGGCCUGCUUGUGCCAAGUUACUUCGUGAGUGGUAUGAUCCAGUUUCAUUUGGAACGUGGUGGAGUUUACUAUCAGCGAGCAUUAACAUCUCAGGAGGAAUUUCACCAUUCGUGGCAGCUUUCUUGACUACAACUUAUGGUUGGAGAACAAGCAUUUUCUUCUCAGGGGCAGUUUCUGUCUUCUUUGGUGUUGUCGCGCUACUUUUCUUGAUAAAUUCACCAACUGAGAUCGGACUGAAGGGUUUUGGUCAAUCUCAAAAGCAAGACAAAAAAGGCAAAUCACAGGGCAAAGAAACUAUUAAUGACCUUAUAAAAUCACCGAUGCUAUGGAUUGUAGCAAUUGCUUAUAUGAGUGUGUCUUGUUCCAAGACAAGUUCAACUGAUUGGGGACAAGUUUAUUUAAUGGAAGAGCGAAAACAGUCUCAAUAUGUUGCGAGUGGAUUCACUAGUAGCAUUGAAAGUGGAGGCUUUGUUGGCUCGAUUUUUGCUGGCUGGUUAACUGACGUUUACCUCAAAUUAAGAAAAGAAAAAAACACCGUUAAAGGGCGAAUGCCUGUGGCCAUUUUAAUGAUGAUUGGUCUUGCUGUUUGUUUUCAUCUUUUAUACUUCCAAAUAACUCCAGAUACAACGAAAUUUACAAUUGCUUCCAUCGGAUUCGUUCUCGGAGCUUGUCUUUAUGGGCCAAUCGCUUUAUUCGGCAUAUUAGCCACCGAAUCCGCUCCAUUACAUCUUUCCGGAACUGCUCAUGCUAUUGUUGCUCUUUCAGCAAAUGUUGGUGCCAUAAUCUCGGGAUUACCAUUCAGUUAUGUUGCUGCCUUCUAUUCAUGGGGAUCAAUCUUCUUUUUACUUGAAAUUGUCACCAUUUUCACCGUGUUCAUCAUGUGUUUCUAUGUCAAAUUUAUUCCAAGCGAUAAACGGAAAGCAGAAUGAUCAAGAAAUAACUAUAAUUUUACACGAAUUAGUUUUCUUCAUAAAUAUUAUUACUCUAUACUUUUAUAUGUAAAUUUUACUAUUGUUUAGAGAUUUAAUCUAUCAAUAUUUGUAGUAAGAAUAAAUGUUUUGGCAUUUAUGGAAA